CAUCCUUCCUGUUUGAACACGCAGUGGUCUAAUAUCUCGUCCAAGAUGAAGAUAUAUAAAGGGAGCACAUCCGCUCAGGGAUAUCCAUUCAACAACACACUCCAUCCUCAAGAUCUAAAACAACGACUCCUAUCCACAAACUACUGUCACAAUGAAGUUCCUUGCAAUUACCACUCUCCUGGCCUCAGCCAGCGCUACCAUCGUCUAUCCCUACACCAGCGCCUCCUGCGGUGGCGAAACCGUCGGCAAGAUCACCUCCUGCGGCUGUACCAAUAUGAGCCGCAACUACAAGAUCAAAGGGGCUAAACUCAACUUCCAAAAGGCCACGGCCAGCUUCUACAAGGGCAGAGAUUGUGAAGGUGUUCGCAUUUCCAAGGACUCAGACCAGGAUUGCGUUAAGCUCCCUGUUGGUUGGGAAUCCUUUCGUUCGGUGAGGAUUCAUGGGGGGACUUGCUGAAAACCCUUCUGUUGCUGUACAUGGUCAUGAGAUUUGCGUCUGAAUGUAUGUGUCGGGUAUGAACAUUUAUCAAAGAUAUACGAUGGGCUGAGCUAGGCAGGACAGUUGAAGUAUACAUGUUUCAUCUAGAUGCUCAAAUCCUAGGACAAUCUAUAUACAGAUUCUUCAUGGCCUGCAGUGUCUAAUUCAAGUUCUAAUCAUAUCCAUGCACCA